UUAAGGAUUUAACGAUAGAGUUGAGAUAGAGAGUGAAAAAAAAUUAAAAGAAACAAAUGGGUAAGAACAAUACCACAAUCCUCAUCAUUGCGAUGGUUUUAACCGCGGCAAUGAUGAUGGAAGACGCUAAGAGUUAUCCUCUAUGCAACACCGACACAAACGACUUGCAGAAAUGUUCUCCAGCUGUAACUGGAAACAGCCCGCCACCUCCGGGACCCGACUGCUGCGCAGUGGCUAGAUCCGCUAAUCUUGAAUGUCUCUGCCCGUAUCUCUCUCUGUCCGGGAUUGACCCUUCAAAAAUCAAGUCUGUUCUGGCCAGUUGUGGCGUGGGCAAUCCUUCCUGUUUGUCAUGAUUCAAGAACUGAGCUGGACACAGGCGCAGAGUUUGUCUCGACUUGAGAAGUCUAAAAAGUUAUGAUUAUGUCUUUUGGCGUUGUGAUUCAAAUAAAUUUGCCAAAAAAUAAAAAUAAAAAAAAAUAAAUUGCCCAAGUUUGCACUUAUUUUCAGUCGGCCUUUGUAAUGUAGUGUUAAAUCCAAAUUUGAUUUAACAUCUACGUCCUUUUGGAUUUGUGUUUCAAAUAAAUCAUGUUUGAAGUAA